UAAGGUCGAGAAUAUUACUGAGGAUCAGUAAGAGUUAAAUCGUUGAACGGUAGACAGAAGAGGAUUGCUGAGUUCGAAAUUGCAUACUACUUAUACUAUUUCUGCUAUUUCGUACUCAGCCAAUGUCACCAGACUAGAAUGUGACGAUUAACUGCGCCACUAGAUGGGGUGUUCAACUAAGUAAACGAAGAGAUCGUUUCACACUGACUUAAGUGGAUUUGACUGGUUUAAUGUUUAAAAUGUAUUGUUGAUAAAUCGAAGGUAUACUGGUAUGGUUGUGUUUUUCCAAUUAUAUCCCGAUUUGCAGUUUAAUAAAUGUAAAAUUAGUGGGUAGUAGUGAUUUUUUUGUUCUGGGUGGAGUUGUAAAAACCGAGUCACAUUAAUUCCAGAUAAGGUAGGCAAAACGAAAGUAAAAGUAAGGGAAAAGACGCCAUUUCAAGGCUUUCUACCUAAACGACGGGAAUCUACACUUCAGUAUAUGUUUGGUCUGAAAUCAGUCUCUACACUCUGAGAAAAGAGACUAGAUGGCACUGCCUCCAAAAUGAGUCUCAUUGAGGAGAGAGAUGAGGAGGACACUACCUCUAAAACAAGUUUCAGCAAGCAAAAAGAAGAGUCUGGUGCUGAUCAGUACCAGAUUUCAAGAGCAUCAUCUCCAGGAUCAAGUUCUCUGUCUACUAAGAGUGAUGAACCUAUGAGAAAUCUGAUGCCUGAAUUUACUGAUGGAGCUGCAACCUCAGACCUUGGAAUCAUCAGGUGUAAGAGAAAAAGUGGAGCUCGUCCAGAACCUAGCUGUGUGUCUAUGAAGAGUGACAACUCUAUGAUGUGUCCUCCUGAAUUUAGUGAUAAAGCAGAGAACUCUGACCUCAGGAGGAAGAGAGAGAGAGACGCAUCUUCAGAACCUAGCCGUGUGUCUAUGAAGAGUGACAACUCUAUGAUGUGUCCCCCUGAAUUUAGUGAUAAAGCAGUGACCUCUCAAACUUUGUGGAAGAUACAUGAAAUGAACAGUUCUGUGAAGUCCCAUAUCAGGCAGCAAAACACAAAAGCUCACCAACAGACACACACAGAGUUGAAGGAGACUGGAGACCAGCAGGUGUGUUCUUGUCAACCAGUAGAUGACUUUCUGCCAAGAGUAAAUGACCAACACAAAACCAGCAUGAAAAACAAGUAUGACAGCUUAUUUGAAGGAUUCAAACGACAAGAGAAUCAAGCCCUCCUGAAUAGGAUUUACACGCAGCUCUACAUCACAGAGGGAGAGAGUGAAGGGGUGAAUGAAGAACAUGAGGUUUUACACAUGGAGAAAACACCCAGAACUCAACACUUACAUGAUAUUCCAAUCUACUGCAAUGACAUCUUUAAACCUGAACCAGGAUGUGAGGAGAAGAGAACAGACAAAAUAAAGACUGUUCUUACUAAAGGCAUCGCUGGAAUUGGAAAAACAGUCUCUGUGCAGAAGUUCAUUCUGGACUGGGCCGAAGGAAAAGCCAAUCAGGAUGUAGAUUUCAUGUUUGUGCUCCCAUUUCGAGAGUUGAACUUGAUUAAAGAUGAGCAGUACAGUCUUCACAAACUUCUGCUGGACUUUCAUCCAGAACUUCAUGAUCUGGACUCAAAGAUUUAUGAUCAGUGUAAACUUGUGUUCAUCUUUGACGGUCUGGAUGAAAACAGAAUUCCACUGGAUUUUUCAGACAGUGAGAAAGUUUCUGAUGUGACUGAGACUUCAUCAGUUGGUGUGUUGAUGACAAACCUCAUCAAAGGAGAGCUGCUUCCCUCUGCUCUCAUCUGGAUUACCUCCAGACCAGCAGCAGCCAAUCAGAUCCCCUCCAAAUACAUCAAACGUGUCACAGAAAUCCAGGGAUUCAAUGACCCUCAGAAGGAGGAAUAUUUCAGGAAGAGAAUCAGUGAUGAACAUCAAGCCAGCAGAAUCAUCUCACACAUUAGAAGAUCAAGAAGCCUCCACAUCAUGUGCCACAUACCAGUCUUCUGUUGGAUCUCAACCACUGUGCUUCAAAAUAUCCUGAAACAAGAUGACAGUGCAGAAAUCCCUCAGACUCUGACUGAAAUGUACAUCCACUUCCUGCUCAUUCAGAUCAAUAUGAGGAAUCAGAAGUAUGAAGAGAGAGAUCCAGAGAAACCCCUGCAGUCCAACAGUGAAGUGAUUUUUAAACUUGCUGAACUGGCUUUCAAACAGUUGAUGAAGGGCAAUGUCAUGUUCUAUGAGGAGGACCUGAAAGAGAGCGGGAUAGACAUCACUGAAGCCUCAGUGUAUUCUGGGAUCUGCACUGAAAUCUUUAAGGAGGACUCUGUGAUUCAUCAGAGGAAAGUCUACUGCUUCAUUCAUCUCAGCAUUCAGGAGUUUCUGGCUGCUUUCUAUGUGUUUUACCAUUAUGUUAUCAAAAAUCUUAACAUAUUGCAGUUUUUGGAUCAAGUUCAUAAUCUGCAUAGGGACGCAAUUGAUAAAGCUCUUCAGAGUGCAAAUGGAAGCCUGGAUCUUUUUCUGCGAUUCCUACUGGGAAUCUCACUGGAGUCCAGUCAGAGACUCUUACAGGAUCUACUGACACACACAGAGAACAGCUCAGAGAGCAUCAAGAAAACCUCACUGUACAUUAAAAACACAAUCAAGAAUGCCAAGCAUCUCUCGACUGAAAGAUCCAUCAGUCUGUUCCUCUGUCUGUUGGAGAUGAAAGAUCAGACUCUGUACAGAGAGAUUCAGGAGUUUCUAAAAUCAGACAAACACACAGAGAAUAAACUCACUCCUGCUCAAUGUUCAUCAAUCGCCUACAUGCUUCAGAUGUCAGAGGAGGUGCUGGAUGAGCUGGACCUGAAGAAAUACAACACAUCAGAAGAGGGAAGAAGGAGACUGAUACCAGCUGUGAGCAACUGCAGAAAAGCUAUUCUUGCUGUCUGUAAUCUCACUGGUCAGUGCUGUGAAAUUGUGGCUUCAGCUCUACAAUCAUCUAAGUCCCUCUUGAGAGAGCUGGACCUGAGUAACAAUGACCUGCAGGAUUCAGGAGUGAAGCUGCUCUCUAAUGGACUGAAUAGUACAAACUGUAAACUGGAGAUACUGAGAUUAUCUGGCUGUAUGGUGACAGAGGUCGGCUGUUGUUAUCUGGCUUCAGCGCUGAGAUCAAACCCCUCACAUCUGAUAGAGCUGGAUCUGAGCUACAAUCACCCAGGAGAAUCAGGAGUCAAACUGCUCUCUGAGAGACUCAAUGAUCCAAACUGCAAACUGAACAAACUCAAUGUGGACCAUAAUGAACCCUUCAGAAUCACACUAGGACCACAAAAAUAUUUCUGUGAUCUCACACUGGAUCCAAACACAACACACCCUACCCUCUUGCUGUCUGAGGAGAACAGAAAGGUGACACAUGUGAAAGAAAAGCAGUCAUAUCCUGAUCAUCCAGAAAGAUUUGAGCACUAUGAGCAGGUUCUGUCUAAAGAGAGUCUGACUGGACGCUGUUACUGGGAGGUUGAAUGGAGUGGCAAGGGUCAUAUAGCAGUGACAUAUAAAAGAAUAAACAGAAAACAUGGGUUUUAUUGUCGGGUUGGUCUCAAUGAACAUUCCUGGUGUCUUUACUGGACUGACAAUGGAAACAUUUGUACUGUCUGGCACAAUAAUAAGAACAUUGAAAUACCCACUCCCUCACCUCCAUCUAACAGAAUAGGAGUGUAUCUGGAUUGGCCGGCCGGCACUCUGUCCUUCUACAGCAUCUCUGACAAACACACACUCACACACUUACACACAUACAACACCACAUUCACUGAACCCCUCUAUGCUGGAUUUAGGGUUUAUCCUGAUUCCUCAGCGUCUCUGUGUCAGGUGAGGCAUUCAAAAUUCUGAAAAAUAUCUACCACAAACACAUUAAUGCAAACUGUUUCAAAUGUGUCCAUUAUACCUGAAUUACUGACUUAAAAGAUUCAAUAAUUGAUCAUUGAAGUUAAUCCCUGGAUUGUUAUCGUGGCAACUGGUCCAAAACCUGCUUGGGACACAUACAGUGGGGUUUCAGAAAAUGUGGUAAAGAGUGCUGUAGAAAAGUAUGGUUAAGAAAUUCAAACCUUUGCUAUUUCCCAGCCUUGAAUAAAGUGAGCUUUCAUGCCAUUGUGGAACUGCGUCACACGCAGAAUUGAAACAUUUGAGACAACAAACAUGAUAAAAUAAAUAGAUAGAUCUACAGAUACAUGGAAAUUUAGUGGCUUUAACUUAAAUGCUUUAAAUUGUAGUUUCAGCAUUUUUACUAUGAAUUAGUUGUAGAUUAAAAUUAUGAUUGAAUAUAAAAUGUAUAAAUCAUGUAUGUAGUUACACAGAUAUUCCUUUACACUACAAUGUAUAUAAUAUUUCAAUAUUUAAAUUCACAAAUGAGCUUCGUUUAUUGUCAAUAAAGAAGAAAAACUCUAGAAGCUAUCUGUUAGACUGUAUCAUUUCAGGUCUUGCUCUAGAUAUGAGACUUCCUCUGUAGUCCAGGAAUCAAGUUGGUGGAAUUGAAAAGGGUGUUUUGAUAAUAAAUUCUUCUUUAUAAAAUUCAGAGCAACCACUAGGUGGUGCAAUGAUGAUCGCUGGUGGACAGUUUAUUGGUCCCAGUCUCCCUAAGAAGCACUGUAAAAACAGUAAAAAGUGAUGGUUGAAGACCGUUGUUAGUAGUCAUAACAGCUCAAAGUAGUUAAAUGAAUAGGGCCUCGGUCAUAUGUCAGAUCACACAUGCACACACACACACACAGCUUUUACGAACAGACAUUCAUUAUGGACAAGAAAUUGAGAUGAGUUGGUAUAAGGAAAGCAUUCUAUGCUACUUUUGCUUUAUCUGGGAGAGUUAAUUACAAGGAAUAUAUAUAUAUAUAUAUAUAUAUAUAUAUAUAUAUAUAUA